UACAGUUAUCAGUCCAUAUCUUCGUGGCUAACUGUAGAAUUGGGUCUUAUGUGCUACUGUUCAGAUAUGACCUUGACCUAUUAGGCCACGUUCAUCUUAUUUUCGACGUGAGUCGUCCGGUGUUUUCUGAUUUUCUAUUUUAAACUUUUCGUUUGAUUCAUUUCCUUGAUGUUUUGAUUCCAACCAAAAAUGGUGUUUGUUCAGGAGCCUGGAAUAUUUCUUGCAUUAAUUCUGAUUCAGUCUUUGAACAUGAAACUUUAUCGGUCACUUUGUACUCGAAGACACAAGUUUGUGUCACUGACGAUUGUGACAUUAGUUCUACUGACCUUAAAGUACUCUCAAAAUCCCGUUGACAUUUAUUUAAACAAAAGGGCAAAUCACGACUGUGAGCUUACUGCUAGGGACUAUUUGAAUGGAGACAAAGAAGGCGGAUGGAUUGAAGUGGACAAAUCAAGAGAUCUAAGUGGUUGCCCAGUCAAGUGGCCAGAUUUUGUUGACACUGGCAACCCAAAUUCACCAGGAGAACGUGGUCAGCCCUUCAUCUUCGGCCAGGCUGACCUCACCCGUGAAGAACGGCGCCAGAGAGAGGCUGACUUCAAGAACCAUUACUUUGACGAGUGGGUGAGUCGAAAGAUCGCCGUUCACAGAUCCCUGCCAGACGUCAGAUCUAACAAAUGUUUGGAUCGGGCGUACGGGGAACUUCCGGCAGCGUCCAUUGUGAUCAAUUUCUGCAACGAAGAGUGGUCAGUGCUGCUGAGGACUCUACACAGCAUACUGGACAGGACUCCUGGUCACUUAUUAAAAGAGAUAGUUCUCAUCGAUGACUUCUCUACCUCAGAUUAUCUAAAACUGCCCCUUGAAGUGUAUCUUCAACCGAUGACAAAAGUGCGCCUUAUCCGGACAACUCAAAGGUUGGGCCUAAUCGCAGCCAGAAAUCUGGGUUCAAAAUUAGCUUCCGGAGAGAUUCUGGUCUUUCUAGAUUCUCACAUUGAGUGUUUCCAGGGUUGGAUUGAGCCGCUGCUUUCCCCCAUCGUGGAGGAUGAUAAAACAGUAGUCUUCCCUAUAAUACCUCCCAUCGAUGUCCACACUUUUGGUAUCCACUUGACCGAUAGAGUUCUGCUGGGCAGUUUGAGUCUAAACACGUUACAGUUCACCUGGAUGGCAGACAGUGACCGUCCCGUAAGCAGCGGCGACUAUUACGUAGAAUCACCCACAAUGCCCGGGGGUCUCUAUGCUGUGUCAAGGUCAUGGUUUUCCAAACUGGGUCUCUACGACCCGCAACUUGUCGGCUGGGGAGGGGAGAAUAUCGAAAUGUCACUCAAGACAUGGAUGUGUGGCGGCUCUCUAAAGACCUCUGCCUGCUCUCGCGUGGCGCACAUCUACAGGGACAGGUCGCCUGUCACCUGGCCCAACCAGCAAGAGACGACCAGACGUAAUUCCUACCGCGUGGCCGAGGUGUGGAUGGACAACUACAAGCAUUACUUCUACGAGAGAAAUGCCUACAACAUGGGAAAUAUUGGUGACGUCACUGAAAGGUUAGAGUUGAGAAGGUCGCUAAGAUGUCAAACUUUUGAGUGGUAUCUUGACAACGUGCUUCCGGAAGUGAAGAAAGAGGUGCUCGAGAGCGACGUCUUUAACGGACAGAUAAAAAACGUAUUAACUGGCCAAUGUCUUCACGCUGGUGUAGCUGGAAGCCAACUUCGAUUGGAACCAUGUGUUGUUGACAGCACUUCACAGGUUUGGCGAUUAGAGAAAAAUGGGAAAAUAUGGUGUAUGAAUAGCCUCCUGGGGUACAAAAUGAGCAAUGUUGUCAGCAAAAAGCUGUAUGCAGUGGAAAUAUUCACUAACAAGUUGCCAAGUAAACUUCCGGUGAUCACUUGGGACUAUUCUUCAAAUCAAACGUUAUUAAGUAAGGAGUCGAAUAUGUGCCUUGACGUGGAUACUUCUACCAGAAAGGCUAUAGUGGCAGAUUGCGCCAACUCUCUAUCACAACAAUGGAAGUGGCAGACCAGAGACGAGUUCCGAGCCAUACACAAGAAAAGAAAAUUAUCAAUAAAUUGGGAUUGAUAGUUGAAUUGUAUACACAAUAAGGGCUUUUAUUUCAUUCA